GGCCUAGCCCAUCCGGCCUCGCUGCCCUGCUCUAAUCCCCUUCCGCCUUCGUCUUCCCCUCCGACCCGCUCGCCCACACCGUACCAGCGGAUCCGGCCCGCCCCUAAACCCUAGGGCGCCUCCCUCCCCGGCGCACGGCGGCCGGCCGGCGAGCGAGCCAGCGAGCGAUGGAGGACGAGGAGAUGGAGAGGAAGGUGCAGCAGUACCUGCACCGCAAGGGCUUCCGCCUCACCGAGCUCGCGCUGCAGGAGGAGCGCAACCGCCUCUCCACCACCUCCCUCUCCGACGUCUCGCUCUCCAGGCCGGAUAACGACCCAGCAAGAUACUAUGAUGGCUACAACAAGCUAAGAUCAUGGGCAUACAAUUCUCUGGACCAAUACAAGCAUGAAUUACUCCGUGUCCUUUAUCCAGCGUUUAUCCAUUGCUUCAUGGAUCUAGUGUCAGAGGGGCAUACACUAGAAGCUCGGGCAUUUUUCCUUAAAUUUCGGGAAGAUCAUGAACUGAUGCAUUCAAGGGAUCUCCAAAAGCUGGAAGGCACUCUUUCUCCUUUGCAUUUGGAGGAAAUGGAUCUGGCCCGAUCUUUAAGGGAAAAUAAAUUCAGAAUUAAAUUAUGUGAGUAUUCAUAUGAAUUACUUCUCCAGUAUCUCCAGAAAACACAAGCUCUUGUGAUGCUUGGAAUAAUCAAUGAAAGGAUAAUUUUUGAAGUGUCCGCUGGGCAGCCUUCAUUGAUCUCUGAUGAUGCGGAUGUUGUUGCUCUGGUUGGAACCAGCAAGGACUUGGCAAAACAGAUAAAUCAGAAGGAAGUGCAUUGGGGGUUGCUGGAAGAUUCAGUUGAGGAGCGUAUGGAGAAAGCACUCUCAGAUUCUGAUAGAGCUGAAGCAGAAAGCAAGGAUGCAGAUGCAGAAGAUAAUAACAAGAAAAAAUCCUCAGAAGGUGGAAAGCAGGGUGGUCCUCUGAACAAAAAGCUCAAAAAGGAUAAGCUUGUAGGUGCAACAGGGAAAAAUACCAAAUCCGAAACAAGCAUGAUUUCUGCGGCACCUCGUGUGAAACCGGAGCUAACCCUUCCAGCGACGCCUGUUGAAGUUGAACAAUCAAUUCUUGAGGACCUGCGAAACCGUGCACAAUUGAAUAACUUGGCAUUGCCAUCUGUUAGCUUCUACACAUUCCUUAAUACACAUAACGGAUUAAACUGCUCAUCGAUCUCAAACGAUGGAUCUAUGGUUGUUGGUGGGUUCUCAGACUCGUCAGUAAAGGUUUGGGAUAUGGCAAAGAUUGGUCAACCAGCAAAAACAUCUAAUUCACAAGGAGAGAAUGGAUCUUCACAGGACGAGCGCUUGUCAUCAACAUCUGAGGGGAAAAGACCGUAUACAUUAUUCCAAGGUCAUUCUGGACCAGUUUAUUCCGCUGCCUUUAGUCCAUUUGGAGAUUUUCUCCUGUCAUCAUCUUCAGAUUCAACAAUUCGGCUGUGGAGUACCAAGCUGAAUGCCAAUCUUGUUUGUUACAAAGGACACAAUUACCCAGUUUGGGAUGUCCAAUUUAGUCCAGUCGGCCAUUAUUUUGCCAGUGCCUCGCAUGACAGGACUGCUCGAAUCUGGUCAAUGGAUAAAAUCCAACCUUUGCGGAUAAUGGCUGGGCAUCUUGCUGAUGUUGAUUGUGUGCAGUGGCAUGUAAACUGUAACUACAUUGCCACCGGCUCUAGUGACAAAACUGUAAGGCUAUGGGAUGUUCAAACUGGUGAAUGUAUACGAAUGUUCAUUGGUCAUAGGAGUAUGGUCUUAUCACUGGCAAUGUCUCCUGAUGGGCGAUACAUGGCCUCCGGAGACGAAGAUGGGACCAUCAUGAUGUGGGAUCUCUCUACUGGUCGCUGCGUUUCACCACUAGCGGGACACAACUCUUGUGUGUGGUCACUUGCUUUCAGCUGCGAGGGAGCAUUGCUUGCAUCUGGAUCGGCUGAUUGCACUGUUAAACUCUGGGAUGUUGCGUCCAGCACAAAGGCCCUGAAGAUGGAUGACACCAAGGCUGGUUCUACGAACCGACUGAGGCUGCUGAAAGCUCUCCCUACAAAAUCGACUCCUGUUUAUAACUUGCGGUUUUCUCGGAGGAAUCUUUUGUUUGCAUCUGGCGCUCUCUCGCUAUAGGCUCCUAAGCUUGCCAUAUGCUCUCUAGAAUACAAUUUAUAUCCCUUAGUUUUGACUGUAAGUAGCAAAGUAGAUGUUUAAUUGGCUGACUCUUGUUGUGGAGCUUAUUACAUUGUCCUUGCUGAUCUCAGUCAACUCUAUGAUCGACUAGGUAGGGUUUUUAAACUGUAGCCUGUGAGCAUUGCGACUCAUUGAAACGUGUGUAUUGCUGUUGUAACAUUAGCUAAUUUUAAAUUAUGUAAAAGGUAGUAGUCACAAAUAGGGAACAUGAACACUUGGUUGAUGCAAGAAGUCAAUGGUCCAGAAGCUUCUAGGAUCCACUUGAGGGUUGUUUUCACAAUAUCUUGGUGUAGGGUCUGAAGGAGCUGCCGUUUUAUAUAGUUAUGCGACUUGCAAGAGAAAAAAAAGCACGACCUGUGUCUUGAGUUGAGUGGCAAGCAAAGGCCAUAUCUAUCUCUUAGCUAUUGCUGAUGUUGAGUUAAUUGUGACUGCCCUCAUUGGUCCAA